AUGGCUGAGGCCUUGGGCCAUUUGAACCGUAUCUCUUGCCAUUUCCGAAAGCAUGGACAACACAAAUCUGCCAAUGAGCUCGGCAAACUGAGCAUUAUGAUCGUCAACGCAUUCUCUGAGGGCGUUGAGCAUAUCCCGGAUAACGAAUACAUGUUGGACGAGGAUCAUAUGCAUUCAUCCAGGAGCAUGACCGCCGAGGAUCAACAGAGAGCUAUGCACGAGUCAAUCCAGAAGCAAGCCGUUGCUGCAUUAUUGAACGAAGUUGAGAAGGAGAAGAAGGAACCUGUUAGGGGCCAUGGCAAACGAGCUGGAAGCUGGGCCGAGGUCGCCAGCUCUAUGGGCAAUGUUCAGGGACAGCCUAAAGAUACCAUGCAUUACCUAUCUCCCAUGUCCAUGUCGUCUGUCUCCGGAUCGAAGCAGAGUCACGAAAACGAGGACGAGAAUGGUCUUGGGACGCUGGACUAUGCUGGGGUCUCGCUCCCUCAGGAUAUUCCGGAGGUCAAAGCAGGCGUUGUGCGUAUUCACGGCAGAGUGACCAAAGAUAUGAUCCAUUUCAUCACCGCCCGCAUCCACGAGGGGCCAUUGCAGGAUAUCCGGCUGGAAAGCAACGGAAUGACUCAAGUGGCCUUUCAGUUUGCCUCGCAUGCUCUGGCAUUUGUGAAGUCGAACCAGGAGAUGGAGGAGAUGCUUGGAUAUGGGCGCUUUGGCACCGGAUACAAUGUCGAGCUAGCCGAGGUCAUUGAUUGGGACGACGACCACCGUCGAAUGAAUCAGCCAGUCCGAGAACGUCGCCGCCUGUCUUUUGCAAGAAAGAGGCUGUUCGCCGACAACAUGUCCCCUGAAAAGUGGAAGCAAGACAUCCGUGCCUUGGCGGGUCCUGGCAACAUUGAUUUCCUCUGGGUCUUCAACUCUGGAAACGCAACUGCCGUGUUCGCGAGCACUGUCGUUGCUCGUCGAGUGCUGGAAGCCUUCAACAAGUGGAAGAACACUCGAUCUGUCUACAGUGGGGUCUCCGUGACUUACUCCUCAGAUCCCUGCGAGAAAGAGCUCGUUUUGGUCAAGGACAUGGGUCGCCCAGCUUUUGCCAAGAACUACGCGAAGAAAUCCAUGCGCUGA